AUGUUUUAUCCUGGUAUGUUUAGAGAAAAACCAAAAGAUUUGCUUUCAGAUAAAUGGAAGAUUAUUUUAAGGGUGUCAGGAUUUCUUGUCUCUUGUUAUUUAAUAUGUUAUCAUGGAGAAUUGUUUGAUAUACCUGAGCACAAUAAAUUAUCUUAA